UAUAGAGAUAAAAAAUGUAUGUAAACAAACUUGGUGUAUAAAAUAUUAUGCAAUGUUUCCUCCAUCGCAGUCUGUGGUUGACCAUUUAAAAGGACACAUCAGAGUUGUUUUUUGAGAAAUUCUACUGCAAGAUGUCGGUGAUGAAGUCCAUAGUUGUAUUUUUAGUGUCAAUGAUAGUGGUACAAACGAGUGCCCAGGUGAUGUUCCCAGGGGGAUGUCCCAAAAUCGAAGCUCUUACUAACUUUGAGCCAGCACGGUAUCUGGGAACAUGGUACGAAGCUGAAAAAUACUUCGCGAUAUUCGAGCUGGGAGGCAAAUGUAUCUCGGCCAAGUAUACUGAUAAUGGGAACGGGGUUAUCGGCGUCCACAAUCAACAAGUUAACUCCAACUUUUUAAAACUUUUCAGAGGUACCAAGUCCGGAAUAGUUGGUGAGGCGAAGCUCACAGGACCAGCGAACAUCGCAAAGCUUAGUGUGCGCUUCCCGUCUCUUCCUGUCGACAUCCCGGCGCCAUAUUGGGUCAUAGACACAGAUUAUGACAACUUCGCUUUAGUAUGGAGUUGCACAGACCUUGGUAUCAUGCAUUCAGAAACCUCCUGGAUCCUGACGAGGGAAAGAAAUCCACCACAAAGUGUUUUAGACACGGUAUACGCUGCCAUCGAAAAGAAUAAGAUUGAUAAGACCCACUAUAUAAAGACCGAUCAAAGCAACUGUCCCACGGACGCCUAAAUAUUUAAUUUUAUAAGACUGUAUGUACAUUAAAACAUCACCUAAUAAAAGUAAAAGUAAUGUUUUAAAUUUUCUAA